UGUGUGUGUGUGUCCAACAGUGAAGGAGUUCCUGGCUAAAGCCAAAGAGGACUUUCUCAAGAAGUGGGAGAACCCUGAACAGUGUGACAUCACAGCAGCAAGAUUUGUGACCUGUUGCCACAAGAAAAGGGCAACCAGUGAAGAACACACACCAUUAACACAGCGAGUCUGGAUCAGUUUGAGCGGUUGAAAACUCUGGGUACGGGUUCGUUUGGCCGCGUCAUGCUGGUCAAGCACAAAGAGACCGGGCAACACUUUGCCAUGAAGAUCCUCAACAAGCAGAAGGUUGUGAAGCUGAAACAGAUAGAACAUACUCUGAAUGAGAAGCGUAUUCUGACGGCUGUCAGCUUUCCUUUCCUGGUACAAGUAGAGUUCUCCUUCAAGGACAACACUAACCUGUACAUGGUGAUGGAGUAUGUACCUGGUGGAGAGAUGUUCUCUCAUCUACGACGAAUCGGCAGGUUCAGUGAGCCUCAUGCUCGGUUCUACGCGGCUCAGAUCGUUCUGACCUUUGAGUACCUGCACGCCCUGGACCUCAUCUACCGAGACCUGAAACCGGAGAACCUUCUCAUAGACCAGCAGGGCUACAUACAGGUGACAGAUUUUGGUUUUGCUAAGCGUGUGAAAGGUCGAACCUGGACACUGUGUGGAACCCCAGAGUACCUGGCCCCAGAGAUCAUCCUCAGCAAGGGGUAUAACAAGGCAGUAGACUGGUGGGCCUUGGGUGUGUUGGUCUAUGAGAUGGCAGCCGGUUAUCCUCCCUUCUUCGCUGACCAGCCCAUACAAAUUUACGAAAAGAUCGUCUCUGGGAAGGUGCGUUUCCCCUCCCACUUCAGCUCUGACCUGAAGGAUCUGUUGAGGAAUCUACUACAGGUGGACCUGACCAAGCGCUAUGGCAACCUGAAGAACGGCGUCAACGACAUCAAGGGACACAAGUGGUUCGCCACCACUGAUUGGAUCGCCGUAUACCAGAGAAAGGUGGAGGCCCCGUUCGUUCCUAAGUUCAAAGGCCCAGGUGACACCAGCAACUUUGAGGAGUACGAAGAGGAGGAGAUCAGAGUCUCCAUCAGUGAACAGUGUGCCAAGGAGUUCACUGACUUCUAGACCCAACCAGAGAGAGAGGGAUUGAAGGAAGAAGAUAGGGAUGAAAGGAGUGGGAGAAGGAAGGAGAGAGAGAGAUGGCAAAGGAAGGAAGGAAGGAAGGAAGGAAGGAAGGAAGGAAGGAAGGAAGGAAGGAAGGAAGGAAGGAAGGAAGGAAGGAAGGAAGGAAGGAAGGAAGGAAGGAAGGGACGAACGGACGGACGGACGGACGAGACGAGACGGAAGGUAAACUGGAGUACUGUCUCCUGUUGAAUCACAAGCACCAGCUACGAGAGGGAGAGAAGAGAGGGAGAGAAGAGAGGGAGAGAAGAGAGGGAGAGAAGAAGAGAGGGAGAGAAGAGAGGAAGAGAAGAGAGGAAGAGAAGAAGAGAGGGAGAGAAGAAGAGAGGGAGAGAAGAGAGGGAGAGAAGAAGAGAGGGAGAGAAGAGAGGAAGAGAAGAGAGGAAGAGAAGAAGAGAGGGAGAGAAGAAGAGAGGGAGAGAAGAGAGGGAGAGAAGAAGAGAGGGAGAGAAGAAGAGAGGGAGAGAAGAGAGGGAGAGAAGAGAGGGAGAGAAGAGAGGGAGAGAAGAAGAGAGGGAGAGGAGAAGAGAGGGAGAGAAGAAGAGAGGGAGAGGAGAAGAGAGGGAGAGGAGAAGAGAGGGAGAGGAGAAGAGAGGGAGAGGAGAGAGGGAGAGACGAGAGGGAGAGACGAGAGGGAGAGACGAGAGGGAGAGACGAGAGGGAAAGAAGAGAGGGAGAGAAGAGAGGGAGAGAAGAAGAGAGGGAGAGAAGAGAGGGAGAGAAGAGAUGGAGAGAAGAGAUGGAGAGAAGAGAGGGAGAGAAGAAGAGAGGGAGAGAAGAGAGGGAGAGAAGAGAGGGAGAGAAGAGAGGGAGAGAAGAGAGAAGAGAGGGAGAGAAGAGAGGGAGAGAAGAAGAGAGGGAGAGAAGAGGGGGAGAGAAGAGAGGAAGAGAAGAAGAGAGGGAG